AUGGAUACGUUGACCCCUUUUAACGCAACUUUUCGUUUGAGACGUCUGUUGAGCAGUUUUUCGGGGGGUACGCGCUGCGGUUGCAUUCUCCAAGGUAGAUAUGCGGCUCCCUCAUCAGGCGUUCCAGAAACCUCACUGGAUUCCGAGGUUCUCGUGACUGGGGGCAAUGAAGGUCUCAUCGCCAUUUGGAUACUUUCUGAUGAUGGUAAGGUUGAUUUGGUUAACGAAUUUAUCGCUCAUGAUGGGACUGUUAUGGAUUUGGUUGGUAGCCGUAUGGUGGAUCCCUGUAUCGAGGACGAGCAUACUCCGUCUGAGGGCACCGAAAGCACCAUAUCAGACGCUUCUUUGUCAUUCUACACGUGUGGAAGAGAUCGAAUGAUUCAUAAAUUCGAUCUCUCAGGUCGCAAAAUUAGGACUUUUAAAGGACAUGAAGACGUAGUUUGUAGUAUUCAAGAAUUUUCGAAUGGGAAGAACCUUGUAAGUGGCAGCUGGGAUGGCACUGCAAUAGUUUGGGAUGUUUUGACGGGAACAAUAAAAUAUCGCAUCUGUGGAAAUCCAUACAAAUAUUCCGUAUACUGCAACACCAAAUCAGAUGGCACCAUACUCACGGGAAUGACUAAUGGCGACGUGUGUUGUUGGGAAAACGGAAGACUUCGCCAGACGCAGAGGCUCCAUGAUGGGGUCGUGCGCGCAAUAAGCAUUAAGGACGACACAAUCCUGACGUGCUCAAACGACUGUAGCGUGCGGAAGUACUCUGGUGAUAUGAAUCUUAUUUACACUAUACCAGCUGCUCAUCAAAACUUUGUUUACGACGUACGACACUCAAACAAUUUCCCAGUGUUUUUCACUUCUUCUGAGGACAAACAAGUCGGAAUUUGGGAUCUCAGCAAUGGUAAGCUAUUGCAAAUGUUGACAUUCGAAUCGUCAAUCUGGAAGGUGAACGUUUCUAAGGGUUCAAGCUUGAUCGACGCCCAUAGUGCGAUUGGCACAGAAGGGUCAUUCGAAAUGAUCAUGUUCAGGCAAGCUAAUGGCACGAAGGCGUUGGAACGUUUAUCUGCUUUCAACGGAAGUAAAUCACCAACAGUGGGUUCGCAGUCCAAGCCCUAA